AUGGGGGCGGGGAGUGCGGUGUUGGAGGAAUCGGCCCCGCCCUCGUCAGGCUUUAUAGAGGCUCGGACCCGACGCGUGGCGGACGCACAGCAUACGGGACGGGACGGGCGGGAGGGCGGGGCUAUCGAGCCAAUGGAGGGCGGGGCUAUCGAGCCAAUGGAGGGCGGGGAUCCCGCCGCGCGCCCACCUCCCGACGUCGAGCGCCCAAAGGCGCCCGUGGAGCAGCGUCGGGAACCGUUGCUGUGUCGCGCCGCUGCCACGCCCGGCGCUAACCGCCCACCUCGUGUCCUUCUAGCCAAGGGUCAAGGGUUCCCGCCCUUCCAAAGAACGUCGGCGAAGACUGCCCGCAGCAGCGCGCACGUCGGCUUCUCGUCACAACCCUCCCGCCCAUUGUGA